UGAUGUCAUGAUAUACAUGGAGGUUUGAUGAAGCCGACCGGCGAGGCCAGGGACUCGCGGGGCCGGCAAAUUGUGCAAUUCUCCUUCUUCUUCCUUCCUUCUUUCCUAACUUUCCAUCAACAGAUCUCUAAUUUCCUCUGCUGCUGCUGGUGCUGCUGGCAUAUAUAACAACUUCCAAUUAACACGAGACGAGUCACUGUCGUUCCGAGUCAGUUCUGGAUCCGACCGAUUAGACAGACACACGCUCCUCCUCCUCGGGGCUGUACGCACACUGACUCCGCAUGACACAGGAGCGGGGUACCAAGAAGUAAGAACAUUGGGAAACUUUCCUGGUCUUCCCAUCUUCCACCUGCAACUUUCCUACCUUUUGAACAGAGAGCUAUCAGGUACGAGUUUUAGGUCACAGUUUCGAGAUCCAUAAUCCUCUUGCAUUGCAUACGCAUUGGGGGCACGGCACGGCACGCUGCGGGAACAGGAAACUUGACCAGGGAGAACAUGAAGAGGGUUUUCGGAGCGAAGAAGGAUGAAGGGCCCCCAUCUUCCGUACAGGAUGCCUCCGAUCGGAUCAAUAAAAGAGGUGAAAAUGUUGAUGAAAAAAUAAGAAGACUUGAUGUGCAGCUUGCUAGAUAUAAAGAGCAGUUCAAAAAGAUGAGACCAGGUCCGGCUCAAGAAGCUGUCAAAGCUAGAGCCAUGAGGGUUCUUAAGCAAAAGAGAAUGUAUGAAAGUCAGCGGGAUAUGCUGUAUAAUCAGACGUUCAGCCUGGAUCAAGUUGCAUUUGCUGCUGAGGGACACAAUGAUUCCCAAGAGACACACCGCACAGGGCACAUUUCAAGAUUUUGCUGCUUAUGUCUGUAGAGUUUGAACAAUUGGAAACUCUGAUGCUGCUUCUGGCACAAAUUCUUAAUGCUGCCUUAUACCUUCUAGGCGUCAACCUUGAAGUCAACAAAGGAGCUUAAAGGAAUGAUGAAGUCAAAAAAUGCAAGACAAAGAUGUUUUAUUUCACCGCAGAUUUGUCUUUUGUUCUAACAGAGUAAAUUUUGCAUUCUCAUGAUAUAUUAACCGAUAGAUUUAACUGUUUUAGAACUUAGAAGACAAGAUGAUGGACCUCAUGGAUGAGUAAUGAGAUCCAGGUGUCUCUUGGCAGAAGCUAUAAUGCACCUGAUGACAUUGGUUAGGAUGAACUGUGGGUGGUAAGACAUGUUCUUAACUCUCAAUAUGUAUAUUUUAAGAGAGUGCAGCUUGAAAUCCUAUUUCGCUAGCGUAUCUUUUAUUUUUGAAAAUCUUAUGAAGUACAUCACAAUCCUUAGAUUUUACAGGAAUGUUGAAGCUUGUAUGUAUGUCCCAUAAAAGACAGCAAUCAUCUAGUAACAGCAUAGUUUUGUUUGAGCUGUGACCAAGCUAGGGUUGUUUUUUCUGUAUAAUUGUUAAUGCUGAAUGGUGGAUAACCAUCCUGUGAUUCUUUAAUGUUCUGCAUACGAGUGUGUGUGCGCGCGCAUCUGUUGAUUGAUAUUUUGGCAUUUUUUACU